AUGGCCGAUCAGGAACAACCUUCCACCCCAACCCCUGAUUCCCCUAAGCCAAAGCGUGCCCCUCCCAAGCUAGGCAAGAAGUCUCCUGCCAAACAAGAGCAGACCCCUCCACCCUCUGAGCAAGGACAAGAGGAACAAAAAGACGAAAGUGCCCAAGAAAACAACGAAGAGUCUAAGCCCGAAGAACAAAGUCAAGAACAAGACCAAAAGCCCGAGCCCGAAGCCAAACAACAAGAGCCAGACUCCGAGCCCGAACAAACAGAAGAACCCCAAGAGCCUGAGCCUGAACCCCAGCCCGAGCCCCAACCUAAGCCUGAGCGUCGUCGUCGCAAACCCCGUCGUCAAGAAGCAGACGCCGAAUCAGUCCAAAUGGAAGACGAAAAGCCACAGCGUCGCGUUCGCCGCCAACGCCAGCCCAAGCAGCAGCAAGACGGCGGACCCCUAGGUGGACUUCCUGGAGUCGGAGGCGCGGACCAAGCCGGCCAACUCGUGCAAAACACAGCCGGGAAUGCACUCAACGGGGCAACCGGUAGUGCUGGUAAAGCCGUUGGCGGAAUCCUAGGCGGCGGCGAAGACAAGAAGGAAGACGACGAUGGAGGUCGAGACGAGCAGCUGCGUUUGCGAUUGGACCUUAAUCUGGAUAUCGAGGUCCAGCUCAAGGCGAAGAUUCAUGGUGAUUUGACGAUUGGCUUGCUUAAUUAA